UUUUGUGUUUUACGGAUAAUAAUAUAGAAUAUAGUAUUUUCGUAUGCUGUGAUUAUUUGCAAGUGCCUAAUGUUAUGAUAUAUUCGUUCUGGACUGUAUUGCGUAAACGACUAUCGAAUUCUUCCUUCUGUAAAUAAGUGCCUACGAACUGCCGUUGCUCGUGUAUAUUGAGUUGUUUUGGUUCAUUCUACGUCCGUAUGCAAACGGACAUUGGACUGUUCCGCUUCUAGUCGAGAGAUUUGUUAAGAGAAGUUGACAAUAUUUUUCGCUGUGCUGAUCAUUUGCGGUUGGACUUCCCAGUUGCAUAAACACAAACGUGUUCCAGUUCUCAUUACCUGGAUAACUAAGGUGAUAGCUGUCUCGAUGAGUUUUAGUAGCAUUAGCCUGCCCGGUUUGGGCGAGAUGGAACAGAUGAUAUGCAGUCUAGAACGUGGCACGUUAAUACAAAAGUUUUAUCCGCGGCGGAAACCGGAAAAGAAAACUUUGAUGCUUCGCAGAGAAACACGGCAGGUAACGUGGUCUUCGCCAGCACAGAGUAAUCGAUCGAAUUUUGAUGGAGCAUUGGAAUUACGGGAAGUGAAAGAAGUUCGGCUUGGGAAGGGUUCAAAGGACUUCGAAAAAUGGAUAGAAGAAAUCAAAAAAAUUGAACUACGCAAAUGUUUCGUUGUGUUCUACGGUAGCGAAUUCAAGCUACGUUCACUAUCGGUUGUUGCUCUCUCCGAGAAGGAAUGUGAUAUGUGGAUCAAGGGUCUUAAGCACAUGGUAACGGAUACUAUCAACUCACCGUACUGGUUGCAGGUUGAACGAUGGCUUAGAAAAGAAUUUUACGCAAUGGAGAAUCCCCGCGAAACCGUUAGUUUGAAGGAAGUCAAGUCUUUUUUACCCAAAGUUAACUGCAAAAUCACAACAGCAAAGUUAAAUGAAUUUUUUCACGAAGUAGACUGUAGGAGGCGGAACGAACUGGGAUUUGAUGAUUUUUCACGGCUAUAUCAAAAAUUAAUGAAUUCAUCGUUCACCAUUCAGGAUUAUUUCGAUGGCGCCAUGCCGUAUUCUAAGGAUGGUCAGAUCGUGACAUUGAAAGAGUUUCGAAAGUUUCUCUCCGAGGUGCAGAAUGAUCCACUAGGCAACGAUGAAAAAGCAGUCUCUAAUUUCAUACGGGAAUAUGUGCAAGACCCGAUUCGUGAUGUUCAAGAGCCUUAUCUAAAAACACAGGAGUUUAUUGAUUUCUUAUUUUCUCGCCAAAAUGAAAUAUGGAAUAAAGAGUGCGACUCGGUUUAUCAGGAUAUGAACAGACCGCUUGCUCAUUACUGGAUAUCUUCAUCGCACAACACCUACCUUACUGGUGAUCAAUUCUCCAGUGAAUCAUCAGUAGAAGCAUACGCACGAGCGCUGCGUAUGGGCUGUCGCUGUAUUGAACUAGACUGUUGGGAUGGACCGGACAAUAUGCCUUUAAUUUUUCAUGGACACACAUUUACCACUAAAAUUAAGUUUAAGGAUGUAAUCAAGACAAUCAAGGAGCAUGCAUUCGUAACAUCGGAAUAUCCAGUGAUACUGUCAAUUGAGCAGAAUUGCUCACUAGCUCAACAACGGAAAAUGGCCUAUGCAAUGCAGGAUGUAUUUGGUGAUAUGUUGCUUACGAAUCAGAUCGAGAAAAACGAGCUUCAGUUACCGUCCCCUCAUCAGUUGAAAAGGAAAAUCAUCUUGAAACAUAAAAAACUUCCGGAGAAUGGUGGAAAGCUCGAGGAUGGUACAAUAACAAAUGAUGGUGCUCUAAUUAGAGCUGACGAUAACGAAUUGGACAUUCGAAACACAGUCAAAAAUGGAAUUCUUUUCUUGGAAGAUCCGGUGGAUAAAGUAUGGAAUCCACACUUUUUUGUGUUGACGCAACACAAGUUGUUUUAUACGGAUAGUCAAAGAACCGAGCGGGAAGAUGUGCGUGAUGACGAUUUUGAGACUAGCUUCUCCAGGACAAAGGAGAAUGUUACGAAUGAUGAGUUACAUUUCGGUGAAAAUUGGUUUCAUGGAAAGCUCUCCGGUGGCCGGGAGGAAGCCGAAAGCCUUUUACGCCAGUAUGCUCAUCUCGGUGAUGGAACUUUUCUUGUGCGCGAGAGUGUCACGUUUGUCGGGGAUUAUUGUCUGUCGUUUUGGCGUCAAGGAAAACCAAACCAUUGCAGGAUAAAAUUAAAACAGGACAAAGGGGUAACCAAAUACUAUUUAAUGGAGAACAAUUUGUUCGACAGCUUGUACAGUUUGAUUAUCCAUUAUCGUCAAAAUCCCUUGAGAAGCUCAGAAUUUUAUAUAACGCUGAAAGAACCAGUUCCUCAGCCCAAUAAACACGAGAGCAAAGAAUGGUAUCAUCAAAGCACAACCCGUGAACAAUCUGAAAUUAUUCUGCACCAAAUGCAAAACGAUGGAGUAUUUCUAGUCAGACCCAGUGAUAAAGGUCCGAAUGCAUUCGUGAUUUCAUUUAGGGCCAACAAAAAAAUCAAACAUUGUCGUAUAAAAGUCGAAGGACGACUGUACGGAGUCGGCGGCAUGGAUUUUGAAAGUUUGAUAGAUCUGGUUAAUUUUUAUAUGAAACACCCGCUGUACAAGAAGGUGAAGCUUACCCAUCCAAUACCGAAAGAUAUGGUUAAAAGGAUCAAUACAAUGAAUGGCCCGGAUGACAAUGGUGCGUAUAGCUACAUGGAUCCUUGUUGCAUGAACGAAAAGAUAAAUGUGAAAGCCCUCUAUGAUUACAAAGCACAGCGCGAUGACGAGCUUUCAUUUUGCAAGCAUGCCAUAAUUACAAAUGUAGAUAAGAAAGUGAAUGAAUUAUGGUGGACUGGAGAUUAUGGUGGUAAAAAGCAGCAUUACUUUCCUGCGAAUUAUGUACAAGUGAUAAGCACUUCUGACGGCAACAGUGACGACAGUGGAAGUGAUUCUCUUAUGCUCGGAAGUCUUCAAAAAGGUUCUCUUGACGUGCACGGAGCUGUUGUCGAAUUAAGCUACGGUCCACAUUCGGAGUUGGAACGAAUCCUGCGAAUUCAAAACCCGUCAAUGCAAAAUGUUUUCGAAGUUGGAGUGCAAACCAAAGAACUUGCCAUCGAAUGGAUGAAUUCCAUAAAAGAAGCCGCACAAAAUGCUAGUGUACUUGAAGAUGAGCGUCGCCGAAUGGAACGGAAUUCGCGAGUAGCAAAGGAAAUGUCUGAUAUGAUUAUCUACUGCCGAAGCGUACCUUUUAAAAAUACCGGCUGGGUUUUUUACGAAAUGUCUAGUUUUCCGGAAACAAAAGCGGAAAAGUAUUUUCUACAGCAAGAAAGUAAACUUUUUGUACGAUACCAUCGUAAUCAAAUCAGUCGGGUGUAUCCCAAAGGACAACGGUUGGAUUCUUCCAACUACAAUCCGAUUCCGUUGUGGAACACAGGAUCUCAGAUGAUAGCUCUUAAUUUUCAAACCCCAGACAAAGCAAUGCAAUUAAAUCAGGCAAAGUUCAGAGAUAACGGAGCUUGUGGGUAUGUUUUAAAACCAGAUUUUAUGUUUAGAGACGAAUUCGAUCCAAACGAUCCUAAUACGUUAAUUGGCAUUGAAGAAAAAUUAAUAAAUAUUCGAAUAAUUGGCGCUAGACACUUGUGCAAAGGCGGAAGAAAUAUUACGAGCCCACUUGUCGAAAUAGAAUUAUUAGGUGCAUCUUUCGACAAUGGAGUUAAACAUCGUACCAGGGCCGUGGCGGAUAACGGUUUCAAUCCUAUUUGGAACGAAAUAUGCGAGUUCAGGGUAAUCAACCCGUAUUUUGCAAUGCUACGUUUUGAAGUACAGGACGAAGAUAUGUUUGGUGAGCCGAAUUUCAUUGGACAAGCUGUAUUUCCCAUAAAUUCACUACGUACUGGAUAUCGUAGUGUACUCUUGAGGAACAAGUACAGCGAAGAACUUGAGUUAGCAACACUUUUAGUUCACAUAAGCAUUCGCACUAGCGAACAGAACGGAAACAACCUAUUUAGCUAGGACUAUUCUACACUCUGUCUCAACGACAAAUAAUAAUAAAUAGUGUUAAUGGUGCCCAGCGUGGAUGUACAGACUUCACAUUGCAAGUAUUAUUUAUUGAUGAUGCAUUUUAUGCGCAACAAAACUAACAUUCGAACAGAUGUUAAAAAGUGCCUAACUAGUUUAGUUAAAAUUUUAUUGAAUGAUGUAAAGUUUAUUGCGUGUGUAUGUGGUUGGUGCAUGCUCGAGUUAUGUAUAAUGCCUUCAUAUACAAACUUACAUAUGUUAUUAUUGUGUUAUUUAUCAAUG